GCGACGAGACUUCCCGUCCGCACCAAGAUGGCGGCCGCCCCGGUGCCGUCACCCCGGUGCCGAGCCGAGCGCGGCGCCUGAGCCCGCUGUCCCCGGCGGCGCUCCACGAGUUCCCCCGCUCAGCCCCCCGCGCGUCCCGGGCGUCUGUCGGGCUCCCCCCGACUCUCGGGCCCGGCGUCAUGUCUUGGGCGGCUCGUCCGCCCUUCCUCCCGCCGCGACAUGCCGCGGGGCAGUGUGGGCCGGUGGGGGUGAGGAAAGAGAUGCAUUGUGGGGUCGCGUCCCGGUGGCGGCGGAGGCGGCCCUGGCUGGAUCCCGCGGCGGCCGGAGAGCAGCAGACCCCGGAGCCGGAGCCGGGGGACGCUGGCCGGGACGGGAUGGGCGACAGCGGGCGGGAUUCCCGAAGCCCAGACAGCUCCUCCCCAAAUCCCCUUUCCCAGGGGAUCCCCCCCUCUUCUCCUCCUGGCCCACCUCUUACCCCUUCGGCACCUCCACCUCCAAUGCCACCCCCUCCACUGGGCUCCCCCUUCCCAGUCAUCAGCUCUUCCAUGGGGUCCCCUGGUCUGCCCCCUCCGGCUCCCCCAGGAUUCUCCGGGCCUGUCAGCAGUCCUCAGAUAAACUCCACAGUGUCGCUCCCUGGGGGCGGGUCCGGCCCCCCUGAAGAUGUGAAGCCACCGGUCUUAGGGGUCCGGGGCCUGCACUGUCCACCCCCUCCAGGUGGCCCUGGGGCUGGCAAACGGCUGUGUGCAAUCUGCGGGGAUCGAAGCUCAGGCAAGCACUAUGGUGUUUACAGCUGCGAGGGCUGCAAGGGCUUCUUCAAACGCACCAUCCGGAAGGACCUGACCUACUCCUGCCGCGAUAACAAAGACUGCACGGUGGACAAGCGCCAGCGCAACCGUUGUCAGUACUGCCGCUAUCAGAAGUGCCUGGCCACUGGCAUGAAAAGGGAGGCGGUACAGGAAGAGCGGCAACGGGGGAAAGACAAGGACGGGGACGGGGACGGGGCUGGGGGAGCCCCUGAGGAGAUGCCUGUGGACAGGAUCCUGGAGGCAGAGCUUGCUGUGGAGCAGAAGAGUGACCAAGGCGUUGAGGGUCCCGGGGGGACCGGGGGUAGCGGCAGCAGCCCGAAUGACCCAGUGACUAACAUCUGCCAGGCAGCUGACAAGCAACUGUUCACACUUGUCGAGUGGGCGAAGAGGAUCCCACACUUCUCCUCCCUACCUCUGGAUGACCAGGUCAUAUUGCUACGGGCAGGCUGGAAUGAGCUUCUCAUUGCCUCCUUCUCCCACCGGUCCAUUGAUGUCCGAGAUGGCAUCCUUCUGGCCACGGGUCUUCACGUGCACAGAAACUCAGCCCAUUCCGCAGGCGUGGGAGCCAUCUUUGAUCGGUCCCUCUCCAGGGUGCUGACAGAGCUAGUGUCCAAAAUGCGCGACAUGAGGAUGGACAAGACGGAGCUCGGCUGCCUGCGGGCGAUCAUUCUGUUUAAUCCAGAUGCCAAGGGCCUCUCCAAUCCUGGUGAGGUGGAGGUCCUGCGGGAGAAGGUCUAUGCAUCACUGGAGACCUACUGCAAGCAGAAGUACCCCGAGCAGCAAGGCCGGUUCGCCAAGCUGCUGCUACGUCUUCCUGCCCUCCGCUCCAUCGGCCUCAAGUGUCUGGAGCACCUCUUCUUCUUCAAGCUCAUUGGCGACACCCCCAUUGACACCUUCCUUAUGGAGAUGCUUGAGGCUCCCCACCAGCUAGCCUGAACCCAGACGCACACGCGUGCUCCUCAGCGGGGAGCCCUGUGGAGAGGACUGCGCCUGGGCGGGAGGGAGGGCCCGGGCCCAGCCGGAGCCAUGCACAAGUGGUGCGAGCAGGAGGGCACUAAUGCAGCCUGCAAGGGGUCUGGUCCCUUAGCAGCGUGUGCCCGGUCCCCGAGUCAGAUGGGACCCAGAUCCCUGUGACCACUACAUGUCUACCUUCAGUGGCCUUGAGUUUCCCGUGAUGUCGGUGAUUGCUCAUCCUGGCUCACCGAGCACAAAGCACUGGCCCUGGUCCUGGGACCCUGCUCCCUUCAAGAGCGGGAUGGAGCUCCUCUAGAAAGGGUGUUGUGGGGCAAGCCCCCGAGCUGAUGGUCUUCGGAGCAGGGCUCUGACAGCCCUUCAUACCCCAGCCUGACAGAGGGGGGCAGAGGCGCCUGCCUCCUGUAGCUCCCUUUGCGGCACACUGCAGUCAGACUGAAGAAUAAAGGGUGGCGGUAAAGGGGCUGGCGGAGAUGGAGGACUGACUGCUAUUUUAAUCUCCUGUGAGGAGAGACUGGGAGUUAGACUCAAAGAAGUACUGUAUAUCCCCAGGCUGGCCUAGAUGCCAGGGCUGGAGGUGGCAUGUGGGCAAGGGGGCCCUUCAGGUGGUCUGCCCCUGUGGCUUUCCGGGCACUGCCUUCCUCAUCUCACUGGCUCGUGGAAGGGGUCUGGGCAGUGAGGAGGGCGCUGAUUUGGGUGGCCUUUCCUUUUACAGCUGUCCCUACCCACUCCUCAGCACACAGGCUGGGGACUGGGGACGAGAACUGAUGGGGAUGGCCAACCUUCAGAGAUGGGUGCUGGGCUGCAUGGGUUUUACCCCGGGGUCUCUUUUCGGGGGAGGCUCCCUCCCCCGCUUUCUCUUGCACAUAAAAUCGCUUUCCAGUUAAAAUA